GCAGGCUCACAGCGGCUUGGCCGGUCCCUGUCUCCCCAGGGACCCAAGGCCGGGAAUAACCCGCCGCUCGGGUUGAUCUCAGCGCAGUUUUAAGCCGGAUCAUUCCUUCCGUUGAGGCCAUUUGUCCCAACGCCCCCGAGUCAGCCCCACACAGCAUUUGCAAUGCCCUUACCUGUGCUUCAACCUCAACUGAUCCGCUCAAACCAGAAGGAUGAGUACUACCUGAACUCUCUGCGAAGCUGUGCUAAUGACAUUUUCCACAUCUUUGCUGGUGCUAAACGAUGGCUGGAAUGGAAGAAGGAGAUUGAGUUACUGGCAGACCUGACCUACUUUUUUUUAACAACCUUUUCAGGUUACCAGACGUUAGGUGAGGAGUAUGUUAACAUCAUCCAGGUGGACUCCAGUGGGCAGCGGGUGCCAUCCUCCACCAGACGGGCGGUGCUCAUUGUCCUUCACAUCUGCAUUCCUUAUCUGCUGGAUCGAGGACUGAACCGUCUGGAGCAGGAUCUCCAGGCAGAGAAUGAGAGAUCCUGGGCACCAGAUCACAGACACGUCAGUCCAGGAGUCUCGCACUGGCUGCAGGCAGCAAUCACUGCCCUGACUGAGCAGCAGAAAAAAGUGUUGCUGCAGACUACCUACAUCCUGCGACAGGCGAUCUCAUUUCUUCACCGUCUACACCUUGGCAUCUUCUACCUCAACGGAGCUUUCUACCACAUAGCUAAAAGAUUCACCAGGAUCACUUACCUGUGUGUACGUGGUUUAUUCAGUGACAAUGCUGGACUCCGGCGGAGUUACGAAUUGCUGGGGAAGAUUUCUCUGCUGCAGCUAGCCCUGACUGUUGCCACGGAGGUGAACAGCUACCGGCAAAAGCAGCGUGCCCGGCAAGAGUGGAAACUCCAUCGCAACCUUCCCUACUCGAGAAACCUCUCUCAGGACCAUUCAGCCCGCAGCUCCAAGUGUAUACUUUGUUUGGAAGAACGUAGACACUCAACAGCCACACCAUGCGGCCACCUCUUCUGCUGGGAAUGCAUCACAGAAUGGUGCAAUACAAAGGCAGAAUGUCCACUUUGUCGGGAGACAUUCCAGCCCCACAGACUCAUCUACGUGCGUCAUUACAUUUAGAAACUGAAUUUCUAUGAUGCCUGUCACAACCUUUGGAGAUCCCAAAGCACUUUACAGCUAAUAAAGUACAUUUGAACUGUGAUUUCUUAAUUUUGAAAGAAGAGGCUCAAUGGACAUGUGGUUAGGAGACUUCCAUAUUGAAGCUCAAGAGAACAGAACAAUUAAGGCAGCAGCAUAUCUGCUCAAAGGAACUGACAAGUAUGCUGAUCUAUCACCGCUUUCAAGAUCAUACAAAAACCUUGGAGUUCAGACUAUUGUUUGAUGGUAAGUUUUACAUCUGAACAUGAAUUGAAGUACUAAAAAGGUGUCCUCUGCCACUGCUUGCCCUCCUGUCCUCCAAGGCAUUAUACCUUUGGUCCACUUCCACAAGAUGCAAUAAAUAAGAGGAUCUUGCUACUUCUGUGCACCCAAGUUGCUGUAGGAGAUAAUUCAACCAUGGAGUGCAUCCGGAGUGCAAUGCUGUUUUUACUGGUGAGAAUGCAGGAGUUGUAGCUGAUUGUGCCCCCUACUCCCUGCAGUCCUGGUGUGAAUGAGAGAAAUUGUUAUCCAGGCUAGCACAACCCACAACUAGGAUCCUAAUGCUGUUCUUGGGCAUGGCCAGGUCCACUAGUGUUAAAUGUUUCCAAUGUACUUCUGCAUACUCUGAGGAAACUGAUAACCAUCUAAAAUAGUAUUUACAAUUCAAUAGUCAGGCCAGUCACUUUAUCUAAUUCAGUUUAAUUGUUUCAUUUUUGUUUUCCCAGAGGAAGAGGGCUGAGAAACAGCAUUACAAAUUUAUUUUGUUCACCUUUAUUACAAGUAAAAGUUAUAACAUGUGCGCCAUUGGGAGAUCUUAAAUCCGAGCACGAAAAACAUGUUCAAUUAAAGAAAGACAAUUUGGAUGUGUAUGUGGUGCUGCAUAAUGCAACACAUCGAUUUGCACAAUGACUAAUGAUUUGGAUUCAUAUAAAAUUAAAUAAAAUGUACCACUGCAGGAGAUGCUUUCUCUCUAAUCUGAUUUUAAGACAUUAAACUCACCUACAUCACAGCACGACAGGAACAAAAAUCUCUAAGCUAGAAAAAAAGUAAUGUUGCAGAGUACAAUUUCUGUGCACUGUUUAAAUUCAUUUCCAUUUGCUCCCAACACCAAUGAACAGAUCUGUAAUGACUGGUAAUUCCACCCUCAUGGACUCAGAUAUCCAUCUGUUAAGUUCAGAAAAAAUAAUCUAGGCUUUUAUUUAAAUAAGACAAAAGAAGAUGGGACGACUCCUAUUAAAGGAAGCUGGGAUUAUUCGUUCCAGACAGUAUAAAAGGCUGCAAGGCUCUGGCACUAAAGUUCUAGUUGACAUAAACAUCACUUACGGGCAUUGUUUACAAUGUGAAGCAACAAGUAGCCAUGAUUAAUCUUAAAAAAAUAAAAUCUCUGUACAAGCACAACACUGGGAACUGCUUCACACGAGGGAAAAGAAAAAUGGGUGGUUUGUAAAAUCUGUCCACGUCCACUUGCGCUACAGUUAUAACUUGUAUCCUAACAGGCCACUCUCGCCUGUGCCCUGUUGAGGUGAAAAGUUUGAAGAACAGGUGCCGUCAAUGGCCAGCAAUCCUAGUGAAUGCAUCAUGUUAAAUAUGAGCAUUGCAGCACACCAGGUUUCCAGCUUUGUUUUCAAUGCAGUUAUAUCCUGGGUCCCCUCCAGUUCUGUUUCUUUAGCCCCUGAUGUGCUGACUCCUGCAAGGUUACAAUUGCGUAGAGUGCCCUUCACACAGUGGUAAUUUUUUCUGUUCAUUGUAGUCUAAAUCUGUAAUGCUGUGUGCAGAUAGGAGGGUGGGAUUGGUCUGAAAAGUAUAACAAGAGUCUGAUAAAAUAUUCACAAGUGCAUAAUUUUGGCAGGGAUCAUGCAACUGAUCAGGAACCCUGGCUAUCCCUGCUACCACCACCCAUCCUGUGACUUGAACCAGUGACAGUGUUAAGUAGGCUCCUAUCUCAAAAGAUCAAGCAAAUGGCGGUCAAGUCCAGCAGGAGUUGGUACAAACUAGCACUAAUGUCAGCAUUUACUUGUCACCUAUUCCAAUGACAUCAAUUCCUGCACAUCACUCUCAUACUGUGAUCUAAAUAUAUAUUCUAUAUGGUAAAUAUACUCCUUGGCAAACAAAAAUGCAAACUGAAUGUGGGGUAAUCCUGAUUAGCAUACCCAAAGUUAGGGGCUUUUUAUAAUGCCAGACUUGCCAACUUCCAAGCUCAGCCCUAGAAUCAAGGAUGUCACUUCUGUCCUGCAUGUUGGAUAAACAGGAUGGAAGGUGAAAGAAAGAAAUUAUACAGAAAAAUCUAAUUAUGCCACCUUAAAUCUCCCACUAGUUCAAGUAUUUUAAAUACAAAAUUAUAAUGAAACAUAGUUUUAAAAAAGACUGGAGACUUACAUUACUGAGUAACGUAGAGUCAUUGGUUACACUACACUAACCUACAAACUGUUCGAGACAAAAACAGUAUAUUGCAUUGUAGUAUAUUAUUUAUACUGUCACGACCCUCCCCAGUGAUUGAACAGUUGCACCUUAAAAUUAGAUGCCGUGUACUGUACCUUUCUAUGGACAUGCUAAAUUACACCUGCAAAGUUAAACUUAUUCUUAAAUAAAUUGGGUUAAACUAACAUGCAUCACAGGUAAAAUCGGUCUUGGUUAUGUGUUUCACGCAGGCAACACGACACUUCCUAAAGGGCAAGGGCUGCUAUACUGUGCUGACUAUUUUUCUUUAAAGUAACCUGCAGUCUUCAAGCCUUCAGUGGUGGGAUUGAAUCUACCAUUGAUUCAUUUUUUAAAUUUUGGGUUGUGAUCUGUUCGGAGGGAGAGGUUUGUUAGUUCAAUCAUAUAAAUCACAGCAUUACCACAUCAGGGAUACAUUAACCCACACUGAUUGAUGUCAUGAGGGCUGGAGAGCUUAAAGUCACACUGGUCAGUCAAUAAUAAUUUUUUUCAUUUAACAUCAUCUUAAUGUGUUGAAUUGUGCUGAGGAUUCACCUGAUCUAUCAGUGUCUUACCCAAAGUGGACAGGCUUUAUGAGAAUCUCAACCAGCUACGUGACCAGAAGUGAAGUGUCGCAAUCAAUAUUCAUUUUCAGGUGGGGCUCCACUGAUUGCACCAGUCAGGGGCUCUGAGUGCAAAGCCUGGACCAUUCCCAAAUGCUGCCUCAGCUGGCAUAAGUGCAGCUACAGUGUAAAAUGGGGAGCUGAAGUUCCAUUUCCAUAGCAUAAUCCUAUCACAGAUCUAUACACUUUCACAUCACUACUGUUUCAUAUCUCCACCCCUGUAUUAUAUAUAAAUGAUCCUAGUUACCCUCUGUGAAUCUAUAUUUAAUAUACAAGUGGCCUAUUUUUCCAUUUACUUGAACUGGAGGUCCAAACUACUGCCAAUUAUAGCUUUUGCUAUGUAAUAUUUUCCAAUGAGUGAUUUAACUGGUUUAAUGUCUACAGAUCUGUUCUGGAACAUUAUCCCUUGUCGCCCCUACACUUCAUUCUUAGAAAUGUCUGUCUUUCACACUCUUAUAAUAAAAUCCACCAAUCUUUCCCUCUCCCCUUCCAAUUAUUCAUUGUAGGCUUGCUAUUUGCCUUAGCAAGUACUGUAAAGAGAGCUCCACUGUACCUUAAAGAUAACCCCUUCCCUCACAUCAUGAAAACUGUUGAAAUUUAGCAGAUUUUUUUCAAAGAAGCAGCACAACAAAGCAAAUUCUUGUAAUUUGUAAUAUAUGUAAUUCUGGCAUCUAUCAGUACCUUGUAGCAAUCCAAAGUUUAAAGCUCAGCAUCGAGUUCAUAUUAGAAAGAUUUUAUCAAAAUUUUAUUUGUUUCGCAUUAUUAACAUCUAGCCUGAUGAAUUUGGAAUACAAUGCCAUGACUCAGGACAUAGAUGAAGAUGUCCUCAAAGUUGACUCUGAGAUUUAAAAAUGAGAGAAGAAUUCCCGAUCUCCAUCUUCAAGCUAUUUGGUUCCACAGCACUCUAAAGCUGCAAGCCUGUGUUUCGGUGUUCUUGCAACCCUCUUUCCUCGUUCUCUCCAAACCCCUCCGAUUGCUUCUCCACAACUCUUCCAAGAGGCCACAACAUAAAAAAAAACUAUUUCCAAAAUUUGAUCAAACCCAGAAAAUACAGUAAAAGUCCAUCCAAUUCUCAAUCAUUAAACACCAACUACUUGAUAUUGUAGCAUCUUAAUACUGCAACAGUUCCUUGCCAAAAGCCUCAGUAACUUGGGGAGCCAUAGCAAAUAGUCUAAUUACCCAAGUAUGGAACUGAUUUGAUAUUUUAAUUCUUUCUUUCCAGAUGACAUAAAGGAGAAAAGGAGGAAGUACAGUUGAAGCAACUGGCAAAAGAAAUACAAUUAAAGGGAAAUUCAAAUGAAGUCAUCUAUAAAUUAAAUCAAAAUGGUCAGGACAAAAAGUCUGCGUAUAUAUAUCAUAUUAUAAACACAAUGUCUCUGUGCCAAAAAACUCUCAAAACUAAAUCACCUUCUAAAAUGUACCCUUCAGAAAGGCCUGGAGCAAACAUGAUAAUCAUAGAGUCAUGUCACGGUUGUGAUUAUUGUCCAAUGUUUACAUGUAAAGAGGAAGGGGAGAAGAUAAUCCAGGAGUGCCAAGCAGCACUUUUUCUAACUGGCAAAUGCUUUCGUAGAAUCCUCCUUCCCCUUGUACGUCCUUUUCCCAUGAGUGAACGGUAGAUAUCUGUACUUGAUCAUGUGCUGUUUAAAAGGGCAAAAACAAAAAUUACUGAAUAAUACUUUUACACAAUUUCAUACUCAGUGCUAUUAAUGGGAACACAGUUAUCUGGGUGGGUUUUGGAUGCCAUCUAGAAUAUUGCCUUUCUCGCAAUAUGUGAUCCAAGGCAAUGAUUGCUGGUCAGCACUUGACUUUGCAGGACAACAUUGGAUCCCUAGUCAGUUAAAGGCAGUCAGCAUUGGGAGUCAAAGCUGGUUUAUUUUAUUUCCACAAUCAGGGCUAAUUACCAAGAUAAGGACAGCUGUAUCAAGCUCAGCAAAGAUUGAGGCACUGACCGACGGCUUUCUGUCUUGCAUGACCUAACCUAUGAAUAACCCAACAUGGCUUAAAGCCAACAUUACAAUUGUGCUGAAUUGUAGGUGUUUCUUUUGUUGCUGAUUUUAACCAACCCAGAAAUAUUUCAAUUUAUUUGAAUUGGGAUCUGCACAAUCUACAGCACUGCGAUUUCUUCCAUCCAAGACUUUCAGUAACUAGCACAUACGCAGUUAAUAGUAUACACUGCAGAACACCAUUAAAAAAACGCCACUGGAAUCAAUUCUGCCACCAAAGGCAAUGGAACCCUUAUGGAAUACAGGUUUUACACUCUGCUGAAUACUACAUUGCUUACAGUUACGUUGAAAUUGUAAGUUUAAGUCUAUCUGUAAUUUUAUUCUAUUUGCAAUGCAGUGUGUUUCACAAUCUGUUAUAUUUACCUUAAUCUGUCUCUUCAUAGUAAUGCAGAAAAGCAUAAUGAAGUACAUGACCAAGAUUGGCCAGAAAACUGGUACAUUGAAGGCAUCGAAAAAUGUGCAAAUCAUGGCUACUAUUAUUCCUUUUGUAGCAGAGUGCCUGAAAGCAAAUACAGACAUAAAAGAUUAGUUAUCCUGUUCAAUUAGCCAUUUUCAUCCCAUAAAAUCUCAGCAUGACGACUGUUGGGCUGGUACAGAUUCAGAUAAACCAGCCAACUUCCAAAUGGAUAUUCCGUACGCAUAAACCUAGGCAAGUAUCAGUAAGAGAUAGUAGAAACUGCCGAUGCUGGAGUCUGAGAUUACGUAGUGUAGAGCUGGAUGAACACAGCAGGCCAGGCAGCUUCAGAGGAGCAGGAAAGCUGACGUUUUGGGUCUGGAGCCUUUUUCUGAAGAAGAAACAUAAGCUUUCCUGCUCCUCUGAAGCUGCCUGGUGUGCUGUGUUCAUCCAACUCUACAACUUGUUAUCUCAAGUAUCAGUAAGCUUUUUGACCACAGGGGAAAUCCGAAACACAUAGGAACCUAUCUUCUUCCAGUACAUAAACAUGUUCAUGACUCACUGGAAAUUCAUCAAAUACAGCAUCUCGGUAUUACUUUCUCUCCCUCAUCAAUGAAUACUACGGUCAACGCAGUGCCCUCCGUUCUGUCUCAGCUGAGAUCAAUGAUUUCACAUUGUGCCUAAAUCAAACCAAAUAGCUCCCAGUCGCAUGGAUUAACUACUUUACACCUUCAGUAAUUAAAUCCUGGGACAUCACAGAGAGACAGUCAAGAGGAAAUCUAAUAGAGGAAUAAAACAACUUGGAGUGAUUUGGAUUGAGUAGGUAAAGAAAAAUUAUUCUCAUAGGUGGAAGGUUCUAGAACCAGAGGACUCAGGCUUACAUUGGUUGGUUAAUGAACGAAAGGCAUCAUGAGAAAAAUAUUUUCUUUUAGGAUAUAGCAAGUGAUUAGGAUCUAUAAUGUAUUGUCUAAAAAGGUGGUGGAACAGAUUAUGCCUUGGCCUUCAAAAUGCAAUUUAAAACACGUGAUGGAAAAAUAGUUGCAGGACUGCAGAGAAAGACAGCUAGAACAGGAUCAAUUGGGUGGCCCCUGUAGUAGUGCAAAGGUAGUGUUCCUACUGUGCUUCAACCAUUCCCUGACAUCAUUAAAGCUAUCAGUAGGAAUGCUGGCAGAAGAUGGCUGCACAGUUAAGUGUUCAAUAUUCAGUGCGCUGACCAUAAAUUUAAGAGGGUUAUCUCCUCAACUGGAAAUUUUUCCUUCUCCCUACUUUAACGUUGUGGAUCUCUUUAUCUCCCUCAAUCCUCCUGUCUCCUGACAAAGCAAUAUCUUUUAUUAAAAUGCCAAGCUUUAUGUUA